UCCGCUAUGAUACUAGCAGCGUUCGUUACUCAGACACCACCCGUAUUUGCCAUCGUUACCAGGAGAUUCUGCGGUGGUCAAGUGCUUGCAAAGUUUUCACGUAAAACGCUGUUUUCUGGUUCUUUUGAGUUGCAGCAAGUGUGUCACUACGCUAAAAAAGUCAUGGGUCUACCGCGCUGUUUUUUCGAUAUGACUGCUGAUAAUUCUCCCCUGGGGAGGAUCGUAAUUGAGCUGCGCACCGACGUCACCCCAAAGACAUGUGAAAACUUUCGUGCUCUUUGCACUGGGGAAAAAGGCUUCGGAUAUAAAGGUUCAACAUUCCACCGUGUAAUUCCAAACUUUAUGUGCCAAGGUGGCGAUUUUCAGAACCAUAAUGGAACUGGCGGAAAAUCUAUCUACGGUAACAAGUUUGAAGAUGAGAACUUUGUUUUGAAACACACCGGACCUGGUAUUAUGUCGAUGGCUAAUGCUGGACCAAACACCAACGGAUCCCAGUUUUUCAUUACCACCGUGAAGACUUCUUGGUUGGACGAUCGUCAUGUUGUUUUCGGCAGUGUUGUCGAAGGCAUGGAUGUUGUGCGAAAAAUUGAAUCAUACGGCAAUCAGGCCGGCAAAACCUCUAAAAAAAUCGUUGUUGCCAACUCCGGUCAGCUGUAAAUUUAAUCAUACUCUGCUAUUCAUCAAGACUUAUACCUUUUUAGCUCGAAUUCGUAUGUAAUUUGUGUUUCCAAUAAAAAUGCUAACUUGGUUCUAAUUUUCGCGAAAUUUUUAAAACACAUUUUAAAAGUUAGCAGCCAAAGUUGAUUCGGUUCAUUCUAUUAAUCUUAGGCAUUUUUCAUCUACUCGAAAACGUCAACUUCCCUAAUAAUUCGAGAAUAAUUUUGUAUUUCGUUGCUAUAAUACAUUAAUCCUUCAAAGAAAAAAACUGCAAUUAUCAACAGAAGUUGUCCACCCUGAUUCUUGUAAUCAAUGCUUCAACUGAUAACAUAAAAUUGCAAUGAAUGGUGAACACAUUCGAUAUAUCAUUCAUAGAAGAUUAGAUAUAUCAUAAAGGGUUCGUUGCCGGCAGUAACCUGUUUAGUAGGCCAGAUCUGAACAGAAACAAGAUUGCAACAGAGUUAAAUGGUCAAGCUAACAAAAAUGUUUGUUUUCAU